AUGUGCUCAAUAUUUGCUGCCAAAGCUGCUGGUCUUCAAGACCAUUUAGACAAGGAUCACAAGGCACUACAUCCACAGAUUCCUGCAGACCCCCAGAAUCUCAAAACAGAGGAAACUGCAUCAAUAGCUCAUCAUCCAGGAGUGGUUAAGGGAGAGGCAACAGCAGGAAAGAUGUGGGAGAAGGUGAAGGAUGAAUUUGAGAAUAAAUCGAAGAUGAUGACAGUGAAUUUGUGCUGGAAGCUCCAAUCCAUACAUGAGGACCUCAUCACUAUGAGAGCUGAUUCAGGAGAUGAAAACUUUGUUGCAAUACUCCUAGGAUCACUACUGACAUCAUAUGACCCAUAUCUAGCAGCGUUAACAGCAACAUCUGCUCUCCUCAACAAGCCCCCCCACCCAGACACUUACCUUUAUGGUAUUCGUGAUGAGGCUGACCGACAUGCCCUAAAAACUCGGACCAAAGAGGUGAAAGAAGUCACAUUCAGUGUAAAUGCAAACUCAUCUAAAGGUGGCCGGAAAGGAAAGGGAAAGAAAUCCAAUGUGGAGUGUUAUAACUGCCAUAAGAAGGGACAUGGUGGAGGAAAAGAAGGACAGGGUCUGAAGCUAAAAGGAAAAGGGAAGGCUAUUGCAAAUACUGCUGCAGAUAGCGACGACAAUGGUGUUUGGGCAGCCAUGUACAAUUUGGAAUCCAAGGAGGAUGACUGUAAAUGGUUGGAAAUGGCAGAACAAAAUGUUGCUGAACACUUGGAUGCCGAGUCUUCAAGAGGGGUGGAGAAUAGUCCUUUAGAAGGGCUAAAAGUGAAAUAUGUGGAUGAAGAAAUUGCCUGGCUAACAGAUGAUGAAGAUAUCAGUCUGAGUGAGAUAGAAGGCAGCAAAUCCGAUGCAGAAAUUGACCACUCACUUCCUAAUUGUUUCCCCAUGAAAUCGAUCCUGAAAGUGACUAUGGAUCAAUGUCAGACCUUGAGUUCACUGCUGAAACCAGAAAUACUAGUUAGGGUGGUUCUGUUUUGCUACCAGGCCAAGAACAAUGAUGGACUGGUCAUGGCACUUGUGAGAUGGCUGCCUUUUCCCUCUAUCCCACCUCCCAAUGCUGGUCUUGUAUAG